CCUGGUCAAUAGUACCUUACCACCAUGGCCUCUGGGUUUCCUGUAUUCGCUGUUUUGGUGAUCGUCCUUGGACUUAUGGCCGUUACAUGGCUUGGAACACCCAAAGGCCCACAGCAAACUUUGAUACGAACUGCUGUCCUUCUUACACUCUCGUGUUGCUACUUGAUGUGGAUGGUCACGUAUCUCGUACAACUGCACCCACUCAUCUCGCCCAAACGAACUAUAAUUGAGGGAUGAGCUCUGAUGUCGCACUUUCACGCGAUUUCGCUUGCGUUUUCUGUCUGUCAUCGCAAUUUCGUUCGUACACCGUGCGGACUUCCGACUUGUCGCCACGCCCACUUGUUCUGUUCUUUUCGUAGUCUAAUCUUAUUCGUUUCAUGGCAUCUCACCUCACCUCAUC